AUGUCUGCCUCCCCGCGCGCGCACAGGGCCUCGGCGGCUGCAGGGGCGCCGCCAGCCGCGGCCCUCGCCGCGCUCCCCCUGCGGCGGCCCCAGCCCUGCCCCCCACCACCACCGCGGGGAGGACGGCGGCCGCCGGGGAGGAGGAGGAAGAGGAGGAGGAAGCGGCCGCGGCCGGCACCCGGCUGGGCCCGCCUCUCCCCGGCCUCCGCCUGCCGUGCCCGGCCCCGCGCAAGGCCCCGCCCGCCGCUCAGCCGCGCCCUCGCCCUCAGGGGCCGCCCCCGGCGACGGGCACGGCGCAUCCCCCGCCCCGAGCCCCCUCCUCCUCCUCCCGCCGAUCCCCCACGAGGUCGGGGGGGGUGGGAAGGAGGGAGGCGGGCGCGGUGCCGCCGCUCACAGCCCGGACAGCCCCCGGUGAGCGCCUCCCCUCCCCGCCUCCUCCUCACGGCGCUGCCCACCCCGAGGCGGCGGUUGUCGGCGGCCGUUACGGCCCGUUGGCGGCACGCGGGGCAGGGGGCGCUGCAGCCCAGCAGAGCGCAGAGAAAGGGACGCGGCUCUCACACAGCGCGCAUGCGCCCGGCGGGGCGGGAGGGGUGUUUGGAGCGCCAGUUUUAUUAUUGGCUAAGAAACUGCUCAAAAAUAACAUCCCAAGAUCUACCCUGAGGUAGGAUGGUUGUAGGUUGCAAGGUAUGUAACUGGACAUAGGUAGGUGUCUAUCAUGAUUAUCACCUCCCACAGGUCUGGAACUCACCCCUGGACAAGUUCAGAAUCCUAAAAAGCUGACAGAAUGUUUUAAAAAGGUCUGCUCUGAUCCUGGAAAAGCCAAAGAUUUACAGCUACCUGCACUGUGUUGGGAGUCUGGCCUGCACCUACCAAACACUGUUCAACACUAUUCUGCAUCUACAAAAGGAAUAAAAUCCCUCUGAAUCUGACUCAAUCCCCAUGACAGGCUCUGUGCUGAACCAGAGAACCAACCUGUGCCAGCAUCCCUUACCCCAGCCCACAAGAAGAAACAAUGGAUGUGAAAGUCAAUGCAUUACUAUGAAAGGAAGAAGAGAAUAAGGAAGGCUAAUCCAUGUCAGGUUUAUCAUGAAAAUGGAAGGAAGAGGCAGAAGUUAUAGAUGAGUCAGUAACUACAUGAUGUCUAUCCUUGGGUGAGCUGUGAGAUAUGCAGAAAGAUUUUGCUGUCAUCCAGGCAAGCAUGCAGUCACCUGGCUGCUCUGAUGCUGGGAGAAUGGGGAUAAUAGCAGAGAUAUAGUGAGCGUGGGAGCCAGGAUUUCUUCCUAGGAAAGUGGGCAUUGACAAAGUGUUUGCAAAAUAUGAAAGAUUUCUCCUCCUGUUGAUGCAGCUCCUGUCAGCUGGGAAGGAAAGUAUUCCUGCAGGGACAAUAUUACAUGUCAGCCAGGCAACAAACAAUGUGGAAGGAAACAUCCAGUAUCUCAGGGAAUUAGCUGUGCUGGGGAUGGUACAUAAUGUUGACCAGAACAACUAUCAAUUAUCUGCAAAUUCAGGUAGCAUCUAGUGCAUGCAGUCUAUGUGAUGGAAGUACAGAGUUCAAUUGCUGUAUGCCAACUCACUGACAGUAAUGACCUGGAAAGAUAGAGAUGAACAAACAGUGAAUGAAUUGGCAACCAACUGGCAAUACGAAGAAAGUCUCUCUUCCUCCAAAUGGGUCUGUAUUUCAGCUGUGGAUAAACUACCCCCAGGAGAUUCAGCAACUCAUAUGGAAUAUGUCUUCCUCCCCUCCUACACAGACCAGCAUCUCAGUUAGCAGAAGCAAGCAUUUUUCAGUUCAACUGAGAAGUUAUAGUGGGUACACACCAGUGCCACCACAUGGUUUUACUUGUGUGAACAUGGAGAAGAUAUGAAGAAGUGGGAUAGAAAACUAGCCUCAACCCUAGAGGUGUGGGAACAUGAGCUGCGAGGAAAAACAACUGUAGAAGCAGAUUCUUCCAGGAAAAUGGCCACUCCAGUUACCAGUGAGCAGUCUCCAAGACAGAGAAGACGGACUGAUCUUAUUUCUGAGCUUGAAAACAAAGCUUUUGGUUUACAUCCACAUGAAGAGAGUUAGGAAUACCAUAACCAAAACUAGAGGGACCCUUCCUCCAGCCAGAUGCAGGAAAGGCACAGUUGGGUGUAUUGGACCAUAUGGUUUUGAUGGUCUCAUAUAUCAGAACCACAGGAGUAUAUGGGCCUAUUGGGCAUUGGCAUACAGUGUACCCUAAUGCCAUGAAGUUACAAUGGAGCAGAACAUAUAUCUAGUUCUGGACUGACAGGGCAAUCUCAACAGCUAACUGUUGGAAGCUGAAGUGAGCCUAAUUGUGAAUGACUGACAAAAUAAACUAUUGUGGCUGGCCCAGAGA